CGCUGGGUCAGCAUGCAUGUAUGAGAAAAUAAAUGUAUUCUAUACUCUUUGCUAGAUCAGUACAAUAUUGUCAGUCGUCAGGAGUGCACGUACAUCGUUUCGCUGCCAGCUCAUAUACAGUAAUAUGGGUGAGCUAACGAACUAAAUACUACACCGCUCAUACUAUCGACAAUAUCAGAAUGGCCCGUACAAUUAUCGUGUUCCUCAGCCUUUUGUUCCUUAAACACGGCCAAGGCUUCAACGGAGAUAGCUUCGAGCGGGAGUGCCCAGACGAAUGUGACUGCCACUACUUCAGGAUAAACUGGGUGACCGACUGUUCCGAAAGCAACUUAACCGAUGUACCCUACGACGAACUCAGUCUGAGCGUUUACAUUCUCGAUCUGAAUGGAAACAACAUCACUAGCCUCCAAUCAUUCCCGGGCGAUAUAAAGAUGAGAAGAUUGCAAAUUGCGAAUAAUAGACUGACAAGAAUCGAGCGGCAGGGAUUCAAAGGACUGGAGUAUCUAAUAGAUGUUGAUUUGUCCGGCAAUAACAUCACUUAUGUGGAGCCCGAGGCGUUCGUAGAUUCCCGUGGACUCUUAAAUGUGGAGCUUCAAGAUAAUCCGCUAGGAAAUACUGAUGGACCAUUUCUAAUAUCGAGCACGCUGCAAUAUUUGGACAUCAGCAAUUGUAACAUAUCCAUAAUAAAUCCACAAUUCUUCGACAACAUUACAUCGAUAACUACUCUCGAUCUAUCCAAUAACCCAUUGAUAUCUUUGGACGAUGGAGUAUUUGAUGACCUCACAAGUUUGGAGACCUUAAAAUUAAAUGAUUGCAAACUUAAGUAUUUGUCUGAGAACGUUUUCCUUGCACUUGUCAAUCUUAAAAAUCUAGAACUAGCAGGGAACUAUUUGACGGACACAAAUUGGCCAGAAGUGUUAGGAAGUCUAACGAGAUUAGAGUACCUGAAUUUAAGAAAGUCAAGUAUAACAUAUUUAUCGGAAGAUACAUUUUCGAAUUGCACAAAUUUGGUAACCCUAAUUUUAGCUGACAAUAAAUUGCUCGAUUUGGAUGUCGCUGCUACAUUGGGUAAUAGUGUCAAUCACUUGGAAUUGUUGGAUCUGUCCAAUUGCCACAUAAAAGGACCUAUUUCAGGCGAAGCAUUCGCUAACGCCACUAGAUUGAAAUCUCUUUAUUUAUCGGGUAAUCCUCUUUUCGCACCUGAUUUGAAAGAAGCUCUCGCGCCUUUGCCGAAACUUGAAAAACUAUUUUUAAGCAACUGCGGCCUUCGAAAUUUACCUGAUAAUUUUAAUGUGUUUGAAAAUCUCAUUGAAUUAGACAUUUCACAAAAUCCGCUUGUGAAUGUAUUUACGAGAUUACUCGCUCCAUUGGACAAAUUGGAGUACCUUAACAUGGGUUACAGUAAUCUGUCAUAUAUUGGACCUGAAACUUUUUCCCAUAUGACUUCUAUGAAAAGAUUAGUUCUAUCGGGUAAUGACUUGCUGUCUUUAGAGGCUGGCCUCUUUGGUAAUUUAACACAACUGACAACUUUGGAACUGGAAUUCUGUGGUUUAAAAAGACCACUGAACGCAAAUGCCUUCUUUAAAAAUCUUACAUAUAUGGAUUUACGAGAAAUAAAACUCGGUGGUAACCCACUAAUUAUUCCUGCAUCUGGGCCCCUCUUCCCAAAACAAUUAUCACAAGUUACUGUUCUCGAUCUUAGUAAUAGCAACAUAACCUCUUUAACUCCCGACGCUUUUAAAAAUACAGAGAAUAUAACCGACUUGAACUUGGCUGGUAAUAAAAUAAGGUCGGAAGAAGGAAGUUUGGCGUUUUUGGACAGGCUGAACCAUUUAGAGAAAAUCAACCUAAGCAACAACAAUUUGACGUCAAUUGAUCCACAGUUAUUCUCGAAUAAUCCGAAGCUUCAUUCCCUCAAUCUUAUCGGGAAUCCGUUUAUUUGUGAUUGCAAGAUCGCCGAAAUGUGGGACUGGGCAAACAUGAUUAAAGGUGAUUUGGACGUUUUAAUUGGAGCUAAGAGCGCUGAAAAAGAUAUAAUAGUAAAAGGUAAUAAAAAGAAGAGAAAUCUUUACUGUCGUUACAAUGAACUUCGAAACAUUACAAUAACAGCAAAUAAAACAGUGCCAGGUCGUAGACCGUUUGCUAAACCUAGAGAACUUACAUACGCUAAUAGAACAUGGGCAAAAUACGUCAGAGAAUCAGGUUGUGAGCCUGUGGUAAAAAUUCUGAGGCCGGUGGCUCUGGUAGCUGAUUUAAUUACCACUGAAAACAAUCAAUUUGCUCUGUCUACCACGGCGAUGAUUUUAGCCGUUCUAGCUUUAACACUCGGUGCAGCGACGGUGGUUAUGACUUGGAGAUUAUUCCGCAAGCAUCAAAUUCCUGAAAUUGAUACAGAGGAUAAUAGAAAACAGAGAUAACAAAGCGUCAAAAAAUAUCAAUAAACACUUUUUUAUUAUUUUAAUACGUGAUUUAUUGAGAAACUGUAUUUCAAUGUGAUUUUCAUAACAUUACAACUAGUCAAAUAAAAAAAUACUAUUUUCAUAGAUCCUCUUGUAAGUUAGUAGAGUUGAUUUAGCCGUAAGUUUGUGUCAGUAUUUUGUUUGUAAUAAAGACUAAUUUAAAUUAACAAA